AUGGCCACCCAGUUUGCCGUACUCAAAUUAGAUGUCACCAAAGCGGCGGGCUUGAAUGAAAAGGCUCAUGUCGCAGCCACAGUCCAUCUCCCACCGCCAGAGAAGCUUGUCCCCGUUCCCAUCGUCUGCUUUGCUAAGCCAGGCGGGGGGUACAACCGUAGCUACUUCACUACUGACUUGCCGGGCCCAGCGGCCGGUAUAGGGUCUGAAGCAGAGUGGCACGCUGAGCGAGGCUGGAUCUUCGUUUCUCUUGAUCAUCUGGGAGUGGGAGAGAGCAGCUGGCACGAUGCCGGUAAACUCGACUAUGUCGUCAUGGCUGCAGCAAGUCACGACGCUGAGCGACAGAUAUUACGGCGAUUAGCAGAAGGGACCAUUCUACCGAAUUAUGCCAAGAUCCAGCACGCGGUGAAAAUUGGCAUUGGCCAAUCUCUUGGUGGCUGUUUGACCAUCGUUCAACAAGGCCGAUAUCAUUGCUAUGAUGGCAUAGGGGUACUCGGAUAUAGUGCAGUCCACAAUCAUCCUCCGGUAAAACCUGGCGAACGACCAAUAGUGUACCGCUGGCUAUCGAGAGACGGGUCACCGAGCCACCCGUCCCCAAUUCUCAACGAGCAGCAAUUCCAAGAAUAUACCAAGAUCCCGAGAAAUCCGGCCGCAGGUUCGCCGAUGGCAUGGGUCUUUCAUUACGACGAUGUCGAUCCCGCCCUGGCAGCCGCGGAUCUUGCACGUUUUAAUCGCCGCCGCCCGACGGACUCGAUUAUUCGAGCAGAAAAGGGUGAUCCACCUUGGGCGUCGCUUACCAUCCCGAUCCCGGCAGCAUCAACCAGCACCACGCCUGGGACCGUUGCUUCUGAAGCCGCUGCUGUCCUCUGUCCGGUAUUGGUUGCCAUGGGCGAACGUGACGUGGUCCCCGAUCCAAGGGGAGAGCCACGGGCGUACAUAUCCUCCUUUUCUGUGGAUCUGUUCAUAUGCUCGCGGAUGGGUCAUAUGCAUAAUUUCGCGGGCACUCGGGAGCUCUUGUGGCGGAGACUCGAUAUCUGGUCGUGUUGGCUUCGAGAGAUAAAAGCCUCUACCGUGGUUCGGCACGGGCCCAGUAAUGUUUGA